AUGGCGGCUGCGGCUGCGGCUAUGGCUGCUUCUGCCGCUGCUGCUGCCUCUGUUGCGGCUGCUGCCAUAGCUGCGGCUGCGGCCGCACCGCCCGGCGAGGCCGUGGCGGCGGCGGCGGCGGAGGCGGAGGCGGCGGAGGCGGAGGCGGUCGAGGCGGCGGAGGAGGCGGCAGAGGCGGCGGCGGCGGCGACGGAGGCGGCGGCGGCAGCGGCGGCUGCUGCUCCAACUGCUGCUGCUGCUGCUGCUACUGCUGUGGUGGCGGCAUCGCCCGGCAGAGAUGCCGAGGCGGCGCUGCAGGCGGCGGCGGCGGAGGCGGCGGAGGCGGAGGCGGAGGCGGUGGAACUCCGGGCCAAGCGCGCGGCCCGACGGCGGGCGGAGCUCGUUGCUGAGGGCGAGGCGAUCGGGGAGGAGGUGAAAGCCUCCGGGCUGGUCACAGCCUGGAGCGAGGCCCGUCCCGGUGAGCCUGGAUACGCGGAUGAGAACGGGGUGCUGGUGUACCGCGAGCCUGGCCCGCAACGCCACACGUACGUCGUGCUGGAGCUGCGGCGGUCGCGCAGGGCCAGAAAUGGCCCUAGGGCCAGGCGCAACACGCAGGCUGAGAGCGCGCUCCCGCUGUCGUCGGACGCCUUCCUCCAGCUGGCCGGGCGGGUCGCCGUGUGGAGGGAGCAGGUGGUGCGGGUCAUGGAGGCGGACGCCCAGGAGGCGAAGGCGGAGGCGAAGGCUCGGCAGAGGGAGCGCGUCGCUGCCAUCCUCGCGGGCACGGACGCUGCGGGCGCGGGCGCGGGGGUGGAGGAGGCGCUCAAUUGCUGGGAGGAGGAUGCGUACGAAGCGGAGACGCUGGAGGCGCUCGCCGAGUUCGGCGAUUGA